GUCGGCAUCAAACGUGGCCGAACGCUCCGACGUAACGCGGUUCAGAGGCGACAAAACUUUACGUUCAUCGUCGCUUCUUCUCUAACUUUAGAGGUUUUUUUUUCACAGACGUUUUUUUUUGUGUCGUCCUAGACGUAUUAUUUUUAUUUUAUUUUCAAUAACUCAGUUUUAGUUUCAUUAUUAUUGAGUUUCUUUAUAUUUUAAUAUCGAGUGCACAGUGUAAGAUCCUGUUGCACUUUUACUCGCGAUAGCACAAAAUGGCGCUCGCAAAUAUAAAGAAUUUACAAAGGACUUCUAAUCUGCUGAUUACAUGAGAGUCCAAUAAUAUAUUACAAGUAAUAAAUCAACAUCUCAUAGUUUGAUAAAGUUAAAUAAGACAUAUAAAAUGAAUUUUAAGAUAAUCUCACUGCUUCUGACAUGGAACCUAUUGCUCAUAAAUGCCAAAAGAGAUUCGUUGGAAGAUGAAGAGUCCCGGGCAAGGGAUAUCCGUAAUAAGGAAAAUAACAGAAAUCGAACAACGUUCAACGGCACACUGACGGACCUCCCCGAGAGAAGAUACUUAAGACACCGCAACAGUUCCAGGUAUCGCGGGGAUAGACGAAGAUUUUGGGAACGUGAACAGGAAUUACGAAGAGACAGACGAAGAGGAUCGGAACAUUCCUCCGAAGACACCUUAAAUCGCACCGAUCCCUACAACAGAAAAGAUGAGAAAUCCCGCAAAACAGACAAGAAGAACAAUCCUGAUAAAACGACGGAAAGGAGAAAAGCAAAUACGAGUAAGACACAGGAAAGACAACCAGUUAGAGAGAACACGACGAGAUUCAAACCGAAGGUUGCUAAUAAAUGGCAUUCCGGCGGAUAUAUACCGUAUCCUCAGCCCCGAGAGAAGAAGCCGAACAUAAUAUUAAUACUGACUGAUGAUCAGGACGUUGAGCUUGGCAGUCUGAACUUCAUGCCUCGUACUAUGAAGGCAAUCAGAAGUGCUGGCGCUGAGUUCCGGCACGCGUAUACCACCACCCCAAUGUGCUGCCCAUCGAGGAGUUCCUUGCUGACUGGAGUGUAUGUACACAAUCACAAUGUGUACACAAAUAACGACAACUGUUCGUCACCGAUGUGGCAGGCGAAGCAUGAGACCAAUACCUUCGCUACUUACCUUUCAAACGCUGGAUAUCGUACGGGUUAUUUUGGCAAGUACUUGAACAAAUACAACGGUUCAUACAUACCUCCGGGCUGGCGUGAAUGGGGAGGCCUCAUAAUGAAUUCAAAAUACUACAAUUACAGCGUUAACAUGAAUGGAAAGAGAAUAAAACACGGAGAUGAUUAUAAUAAAGAUUAUUAUCCGGAUCUAAUAGCGAAUGAUUCGAUAGCGUUCUUGCGUGCUUCAAAGCGAAGAUUUUCAAGAAAACCGGUCCUCCUCGUGAUGUCUUUCCCCGCACCUCAUGGACCCGAGGAUUCAGCUCCGCAGUACUCUCAUCUCUUCUUUAAUGUUACAACCCAUCACACACCAACUUACGAUAUGGCGCCAAAUCCAGAUAAACAAUGGAUCCUGCGAGUGACAGAGAAAAUGAAACCUAUUCAUAGACAGUUCACGGACCUGUUAAUGACAAAGCGUUUGCAGACUUUGCAAAGUGUUGAUGUGGCUGUGGAGCGAGUGUACCAGGAGCUUAAAGCUCUCGGGGAGUUAGAUAACACCUAUCUGGUGUACACAUCAGAUCACGGAUACCACCUUGGACAGUUCGGACUGGUUAAGGGCAAGAGCUUUCCCUUCGAAUUCGAUAUAAGAGUGCCGUUUUUAGUACGCGGCCCGGGAGUCGAACCUGGAACUGUCGUGGACGAUAUAAUCCUCAACAUCGAUCUGGCGCCCACAUUUCUGGAUAUGGGAGGAGUUCAGCCCCCGCCUCAUAUGGACGGCAGGUCGCUGCUGCCGCUGCUGCAGCCACGGAGGCGACGAGCGACAGCACAUUGGCCAGAUACAUUCCUAGUCGAAAGCUCUGGACGUCGCGAGACCCAAGCUCAUUUAAUGGAAGAACGUUUGCGAGCACAAAAAUACAGUAAAGAAAUGAAUGCUAGAACAACGACUAUUAUGCCGCUACAGUCGUCGUCCGAGAGCGGAGACUUCGAGGACGAGUCUGACGAUGACUUCCUGGAACUUGAUGAUGAUGAAGAUGAUGAGGACAAUGAGAGCACUGAAGAUGCAUCGAACAAAUCAAAUCAACCUCUCAUAUCAAAUGAAAGUCACAAUCCCAUACUGGAGGCGAGUCUCGAUAAGAUUCUUGGAGGUGAUGGUGCUGUCAAUAAUCAAUAUAAUUACCUCAGCCAAUCAGAAAUGGAUGUCAUUAAUGGGAAGGCAGCACGUAUAGCGGCUGAAUGUUCCAAAGCUGAACUCCGGGCUCCCUGCUCCGUCGGACGGAAGUGGAAAUGCGUGCUUGUUAAUGGACGAUGGAGGAAACACAAAUGUAAAUAUGAGGAUAUAACUAUUCCACAACCGAAAAUGAGCACAAAGAAAUGUGCUUGUUUCACUCCAAGUGGCCUUGUUUAUACAAGACUGGAAACAGAUGGUACAAUCGCUAGACGACCCGCAGAUUUACAGAAAGACAAUAACACAAGAUCACGGAGGUCUACAGAUAAUGAUGUAUUUGAACCGAACACUGUGGACACAAUUCUUGAGGAAAAUCCUAGUAUUGGACAUCUAAGUUUUAACAAUGAGCCUAUUGAUGAAAUAGAGAAGAGGAACAUUGAAAACAAAGUCGAUAAACUCAUUAGGGAAACUGAAGCUUUCCUCGAGGCGUACGAACGAACCAAAGAUAAUAUAGAUCAUAAGAGAAGUAAGAGGCGUGCUCAGCAUUGGGGUCACAAACACAAACCACACAAAAACGACCCAUUGUUGAACAUGAAUGAAUCGUCUCUAGAAUGUAAGAUAGAUAAAGACGGCACUGUUAAUUGUUCGCAAGUUAUAUACAAUGAUUUGAAAGCUUGGCACACCAACAGACUGAGUCUAGAAGACCAAAUAAGAGAAUUGAAAACAAAGUUGGAAGACUUAAAAGAAAUUAAGAGGCAUUUAAAAAUAAGCAAACCUGUAGUCGAAGUACAAACGGUAACGCCAUCAUACGUCAACAUGCAUUUACACAAUAAAACACAAACACCCGAUAGCACGAAGGAUAGCUUUAGGAAAUCACGUUUCCAUAGAAUUAAAACCAAGCACAGGAACAGCACAGUGAUUGAUAAAAAAUUCAGACAACUCAACGAAUACAUCCUACCGACUGUGAACGGUCACACCAGAGACGACAUAUUUAACACUCAACUCAGGAACGAAACAUCCACAGAAGCAGUCGUAAAACAAUUGAGUACAAUUGAUCUGGUCGAAAUUGAUUCCAAUCAGACAUACGUUUUAGGAAAAUUACCAAAACCACAAGUAACUACAAUCAUAACCGAAAGUAACUUCUACGAUCAGAAUUUUGCAGCGGAGAAGAGCACGCAGCAAGCAAUUACCACGUCUACUGACGAUACAGCGACUAUAUACAGCGAUAUUUCCGGGAUAAAUAACACAUCCAGUAAAACACCACAAACGGAAAAACCGACGAGCCCGAGUCAAGAAACUUCCACGGACAUUCUGUCCACAUUGCAGUAUUACAGUUCUGAAGCUAAUAAAGUAAUAUUAACAAUGACAACGACACCAACUCCUGUGACAAGACGAACAACAGCAUCUCAUCAAACAUAUAACCGGACAUACCACACAAAACCAUCGAACAGACCAAAGUCAUCGUCUCUAGGACCAACAAGAUUCGAUGCGUCGGAAUAUGAACAGAGAAAUCCUAAUAAAGGAAAUUCUAACAAUCACGGAGUAUUCAGCAAGCCGAUGGACGUGUUCCAAAGAAGAUUACAUCCUUUGUUUAUAGAGAAUGAGGAUAAACAUGUCUGUUACUGUGAAGAGAGUCGCAAAAUGAAACCAGUAGGUAACUCGUAUUUGGAAGCCACUCAAAGAGCCAGAGAGGAACGAAGGAAAUUGAAAGAACAGAGAUUGAGAAAGAAGCUUAGGAAAGCGAAGAAGAAGGCGGAAUUGGAAAGGUUAUGUGAAUCAGAGCGUAUGAAUUGCUUCCGACACGACAAUGACCAUUGGCGCACAGCCCCGCUAUGGACCGCCGGACCUUUCUGUUUCUGUAUGAGCGCCUCAAACAAUACAUACAAUUGUGUGAGAACUAUUAACUCAACCCACAACCUGCUCUACUGUGAGUUCGUCACUGGUUUGAUAACGUACUACAAUCUGCGUAUAGAUCCGUUUGAAACACAAAACAGAGUUAAAUAUUUAUCGUCAGCUGAAAAGGAAUAUUUCCACAAUCAGUUGCAACAGCUUUUGACAUGUCGGGGACCGUCGUGUAGAAGAUUCUCGCAUUCAAAUGUUGGAGGUAUUAAAGAUGAUGUCAGCAGACGGACUGAAGAUGACCAACUCAUGUAUAGAGGGGAGCCAAUUGGUUACAGUGAAAGGGCAUGGCGAUGGAGUGGCUAUGGUCGUAGAUAUGCAAGAGCCAGAGAGUUGCACCGGCGUCGACAUACCGCGGCCUUCUAGUCGAUUAAAAAUAAUAAUAAUUUAUUUGAAUAAAAUAAGUAAUAGACAUCGUCUUAAUAUAUCGAGUGAUUCGUUUGUAUCGAGGGAUAUUGUCUGUUAGUGACAUCUCUUUAGCGAGUUAAAUAGGCACGGAACUUAUAACAGUUUUAGUGACAUCGAAUUGUGUAGGGCUUCCUAUAGUAAACAAGUUAUAAUAAUUAUGCUAGAUCAAAGCUUUUAAUGUAGAAGUUAUAUUGAAAAUAUCUAAUAAAAUCAAAAUUGGGCUUGGCCCUGAUCUAUCAGGAUAUAAGAAUCUAUACUUAGAUAAUUUCAAAUAAACGCAUACCAUGAAGUAUUAUAUGUAAUGUUAGUGUAGUUAUAAUACUCUGUAUUCUAGAGCCCUUUUUAUAUGGACUGUGUAUUGAUAAGUUUUUUUAACAGUAGUAUGCCUAGAGCAGAUGUGUUAUAAUGUUUGUAGCGUGUUUCAUAUAUUAGGUGUUGAAAAGUGAUAUUAUGUUGUUGCCAUGUGAUAAUUAAGAAUGAUAUUGUAGAUUUAUCACAUGCUAUAAGCCAGUUGCUGAAAUUUUUAACUUGCAAGUCUAUUGUCUUCUGUGUAUUAGUUUAUGAAUAAAAAUAUAUGAAACAUC